GAGGGAAGCAAAACUCGCGAGCGCUGCUGUCAAACGCCAUUGCACCCGCCGCCGCAGCCGUACGCAUGCGCGGCAUUUUCGCGCGCGAUCUUCGCUUAUGAUAUUUUUUAGUUUUUUUUUAGUUUUUGUUUUUCUUUAAGUUUGCAAAGUGAGUAAGAGUUUUGUGCGUGUGUAGACUGCAGUUUUGAAAAAUGAAAUAUAAGAUCAAGGAUGUGGAAGCAGAGGCGCCGGCGGCGGCCAAACUUGCUGAGAAACUAGAACGCACAGUACGGUGCUCAUCGGUCCUAAUCGGGGCCCUAGGGGUCUCCCUGAUCACCCUCGCGGUGUACACGGCUGUGUUAGUGCUUACGGAGCACUGGAGUCCUAGGCCUUGUGUUAGUGAGGAAUGUGUUGGGACCGCAUCCCGCGUCAUCGCAGCCCUUAACAAGGACGUGGACCCCUGCACGGACUUCUACGAGUUCGCAUGCGGAGGCUGGAUCAAGAAGAACCCUGUGCCGGAAUGGGCGACGUCGUGGGACCAACUUGCAAGAUUACGAGAGCGACUAGUGGCAGAUCUGCGGGAUCUGCUAGAGAUGGCAGAUGAUCCAAGUCUACCGCAGAGCGUCCUUAAAGCCAAGGCUUUAUACAGAACUUGCAUUAAUAUCGAUAAGUUAGAAGCGGAAGGAAUCAAGCCAAUCCAGAAGAUUCUAGCAGAGUUAACCCUCCCACCACGUCCGCCGAGCGAAGCCUCCGCUAAUUUCAGCUGGGAGGUAGUGGCGGGGCGGGGGAGGAGAGAACUAGGGCUGAGUGUGCUGCUGAGCGUGCAAGUCGCUGAGGAUGUCAGGAAUACCAGCAGGAACCGGGUUGUGGUGGAGCAAGUAUCUCCAGGCUUCAGCGAGCGCUAUCUCCUAGCCCCUGAGCAGUUCGCGCACGAGUUGGAACAAUACCACACUUACAUCAAGGAUAUGAUCUCCCUGGCCGACCCGUCUACCAACGCGACGGAGUUCGCUGGCGACAUCGUGGCUUUCAGCAAGAGUUUAGCUAAGAUCAUGACUCCAGUAGAGGUCCGUAGGAGCGGCACCCACUUGUUUCACGAGGUCAGCGUGAAGCAGCUCGUUCAGGGGUCCUCAGGCGGCCCGGCGCAGUGGAAGGAUCACGACUGGGAAAAGUACCUAGAGCUAGUAUUCUUCAACACAAGCGUGGUGUUAGACCAAGAUGCAGACCGGGUGAUCGUUAUGGACCUCCCGUAUCUGCAGAAACUGGCAGCGCUGCUAACGGAUACCAAGCCUGUUAUCAUUGAACGUUUCCUCUGGUGGAGCGUGUUCUCCACCGUGGCCCCGAUGACCCUCAAUGCUUUCCGUGACCUUGGCUUCGCGUUCAGCAAAGCUGUGUUCGGGCUGCAGCAGAGAACGCCCAGGUGGAAGAGUUGUACGGCUAAUGUCAAUGCCAACUUUGGAGUGGCGCUGAGCUAUCUGUAUGUGAAGAGGCAUUUUGAUCAGACUUCUAGACAAAAGGCCAUAGAGAUGGUAGAAGACGUGCGCUCCGCAUUCGCCGCGGCCGUCAAGGAGCUGGACUGGAUGGACUCCACCACCAGACUUAGGACUCUCAACAAGCUCAGUGCCAUAAGGAACUUCGUAGGCUUCCCUGCCUGGCUGCUCACACACGAGCAACUAGAUAAACACUACAAACAUGCCGAAGUGGUACCAGACAACCUGUUCGAGACCUACUUGAAACUGACGAGGGCUGCCGUCAAGAAAUCCUUGGAGUCCCUUCGGGAGACACCCGACAGAGACAGAUGGGUCGCCACGGCCACAACAGUCAACGCUUUCUACUCGGCCACUCUUAAUUCAGUCACGUUCCCGGCUGGAAUAUUACAACCGCCAUUCUAUGGCAAUGGAAUUGAGGCUAUCAACUACGGAUCCAUCGGUGCAAUUAUGGGUCACGAAGUGACACACGGCUUUGAUGAUCAAGGCCGACGUUACGACGAAAUGGGCAACCUCAAGCAGUGGUGGUCUGCGGCAACCCUGGAGCACUACCAUGGACGAGUGUCCUGCAUCAUUGACCAGUACAGCAAAUAUCAUCUGCCGCAGCUGCCCAACUAUACGGUGCACGGCUUCAACACGCAAGGCGAGAACAUCGCCGACAACGGCGGCCUCCGCGCCGCGCUCCACGCGUACCAACUCUUUACCAAGCGGGAACCAGCGACAAGAAGGGACACCCUACCAGGAUUACCGCUAUAUAAACCUGAACAGCUGUUCUUUUUAGGGUUCGCACAGAUCUGGUGCGGGAACUCGACAAUAGGCGCCCUAAAAUCCAAAAUGGUGGAAGGUGUGCACAGCCCCAACAAGAUACGAGUGAUAGGGACUCUAAGCAACUCUAAAGAAUUCGCGGACGCGUGGCAAUGUCCGCUGGGGUCACCUAUGAACCCUGAACACAAGUGUGUGCUGUGGUGAAACUGUGAUGUGGUGCCAAAUGGGAUCAAUGGGGCGCGGUUUAGUGAAAUAGAUCCAGUGCUCUAAGCUUAUGCAUAAAAUCUGCGUUGCGAAAGGUUUCCAAAAAGUUUGUUCUCGGAAAUUUCUUCGGAAAUGGAAAAUUUCGAUUCCUAUAGAAAAAUACGAAAAGUUUCCUAAAUUUUGAAAACUUUCCGUGGUGGGCUCAUAUAGCGUUGCCACUUUUUUUCUAUACACAUAUAUAGUAUUUUUGUCAAAAUAUUGAAAAAAUAUAGUAUUUACUGGGAAAUUAAAAAAAAUAGGACGCCGAUUUGAGGCGAAUUAAAAAUCCAAGUCGCAUACGAUGCGAUGUCGGUGACAUUUGUAUACCUCAUUCUUGAGUGAUGAAAAUAUAGUAUUUUUCGUACUAUAUCGUUUUUGUAUAAUAUAUAGUACAAGUGACUAAAAUAUAGUAUGAUACUAUAUAUUAUAGUAUGGGUGGCAACCCUAUCAUAUGCAAUGCUGCUGACAAUUCAGAAAAACCUUAUCUAAAUAUGGCAAAAAAGCCGCAACGACUUUAUGAACUGUAUCCAUUUACUAAACUUUCGUCUAUUAUUCGUAAGUUACCGCGAAGUUACCGCCUUAAAAUAAGACGCGUAUACCUAGUUAUGUAGGUUGAAGUCAUUUGUACUUAUUUUAGGUUAUUUUAGUUUUAUUAUGAAAGUGGGCAGUUGCCUAUUGGCCGAAGUGACUGUUUUGUUACCCAAGAAUUUGAUACGCAGCGAACGUUUUAAAAUAUCAAGCAUUUGUGAGGUUUUCAGGCUAAAAUAAUUUUUUUUUUCGUUGUGAAAAAGAUCGAUUGUUAAUUUCGACGUGAUUAUGUUUCGGCCAAAAUACUGCCAAACCUUUCGUUCGCGCCAAAACUGUAUUUUCGGAGUAGUGUUCGACCGAAAUUUUGUUUUCGCCAUGGACAUCAUGGUUCAGUUAAAGCAAAACCGAACCUUCCGUUUCGGUUUCGGCAAAAAAUCCGGUUUCGUUCUGACACUAUUGAUAAUGCUUAAACUAUUUCAAUAUCCAUUGUUUUUAUUAUUAUUAUUUGUAAUGCAGGCAGGCAGUUUAAACAACUGAUAAUGCCUGUAUCCAGAGUCAUAAACCAAGUUCUCAGUGUUGAGUAGAAUUUGCUUUGUGCUUAUCUAAUUUAUUCUUAAACUCAUUGACACUUUGGGCCGCUACUACAUCCCCUGGGAGUUUGUUCCAAGCGUUUUACUCUGCGUUUCGGACAAGACAAGACUAUGUGAUGUUCUGAACGAAUGAUUUAAUGUAGAAAUUGUAGAACAUAUGAAUGUGAUAAUGUUUUAUAAGAACCAAUAGUUUUAAGAUAUAGAUUGGCACAAAUUCUAAGGCUGGAAAUAUUUUUAAAAUGAGAUUAGACCUACAUUGUAUGUACUUAUUCGAUAUUUUAGGGAAUUUUUUUAUGGAUUGUAAAAGAUUUAUUUUGUUGUGUUAAGAGAUUUUAUACAAAAAGUAACUAACACUCAUAGCUGCAGCGGGUUUAAAAUUUUUAGGUACUAUUAAAACAAUAUUAUAGAUUUUUUUGACUUAAAGGAUAUUUGCUGCUGGACUGUAAUGAAUUCGAAUCAAAAGACAUUUAAUUUGACAUGGAUAUAAUAUAUUGGUCAAAUAGGCCUUAGCCAAAUUCAGUAUUAUUAGAAGUAGUUUAGUGAAAAGGGUCCAAACGAAGACACAUUUUUGUGGGUCUUUUUUACUAAACUAAGGUGUAUUGGGAUAACUUCGAAAACGGGUAAAAUUUUGUAAAUUACUAAUAAAACUAAGUAUAUUCUGAUAUAGCGACAUUAAUCAAAAUGCCUUGAUAAGCGUUAGUACCGCCAAAGUAUGAAGUGGUUACUGGUUUAGAGUUAGACCAAGAAAAGUCUGCAGCGAUUUUGAAAGCAUACGCAGUGCAAGUGUUAUUUUAAACGUCAAACUUCUAUGAAAUUAUUAUGUAUAAAUAACACUUGCACUGCGUGUGCUAUCAAAAUCCCUGCACUUUUCUUGGUAUAACUAGCAGAUUAAUGAUUAUCAAUAUGAUCCCGUUUACGAAGUUACCCCAUGCUUACUUAUAUUAUUCAUAAUUAACAAAUACCAUGCAUUUGAAUGACAAUUACUAUUUAUUAAACAAAAUAAAGACAAUGUUU